AUGGUGAUUUACCGGAUUCCAGGUUUUCAUUUGCCUUUAAAUAACCUACCUCGGGUGAAUAGACGAGCAGAGCGAGUUUUUAGGCGAGAAAUCCCAGAUGAAAACAUUUUACAAUACUAUUCCGACAGCGAAUUGCGAGCAAGGUAUCGUUUCGGUAGAGCAGCAAUUUUAAACAUCGUCCGUCUUAUCGAAGAGGAAAUACGUCCUGCAACGAACCGAAGCUUUCCAAUCUCGGCAACGAACCAAGUGUUGAUAACACUAAGAUUUUUGGCAACAGGCAGCUUUUUGCAAGUUACAGGUGACACGAUCGCAGGGGCAGAUAAAUCCACUGUUAGUCGAAUUGUUCGUCGUGUAACUUUAGCAAUCGCUCAUAAACUCGACGCUUUUGUAAAGUUUCCAGCAACACAACGCGAGAAGGCCCUCAUCAAACAAGGUUUCUACAACCUUGGAGGUUUUCCAUGCGUUAUCGGAUGUGUCGACGGGUCCCAUAUUAGAAUAAUAGCUCCAUCGGAAAACGAGUGCAAUUUUGUCAACAGGAAGGGAUAUCACAGCAUAAAUAUACAAGGGAUCUGUGAUCACAAAGGGAAGUUUCUUAAUGUUGUUGCAAAAUGGCCUGGUGCAACCCAUGAUAGCCAUUUCUUCAGAACAUCCGCAAUUGGGCUUGCACUAGAAGGUACAACAUUAGAUGAUGGUGUUCUUCUUGGUGACAGUGGGUAUCCAUGUUUACCAUAUCUGAUCACACCAUACAACAACCCCAUUACCAUCCAGCAACGUCGAUUCAACCGAGCACAGAAAUGCACAAGAUCCUCUAUUGAAAGAGCUUUCGGAAUGUUGAAACGAAGAUUUCAUCUCUUGCAUUCUGAAAUUCGAAUGGCCCCAGACAGAGUUUGUACGCUUGUUGCUGCAUGUUGUGUUCUUCAUAACAUUGCAAUUGAUUACCAUGAACCAAUGUGGGAUGAUGAUGACAAUCAAGAUGAAUUAGACCUUGGUCAUGCCUAUGAAGGUGCAAACAGGGGGGAAGCUGUCAGAAGCCACAUUACAAACACAUAUUUUUGA